GCCGGAAGGGCAGUUGCCUAGCAGCAGGUGUUGUUCGGAGUCCUUGACAGCCUCCAGCAGCCAGGAAGAAGCACCAUGCCCAAGAACGCCUUAGUGACCUUGCGCUAUGGGCCCUACAGCGCAGUGGGCCUGUCCGUGGAGCACCGUACCUACCGACUGGAGGGUCUGCAAGCUGUGUUGACCAAAGAUGGACAUGAUGUCAUCCUGGAGCAGAUAGAAGACUGGAAUCUAGUGGAGCUUGUGGUAAAUGAAGAAAUAGUCUUCCGGUGUGAUAUCCAAGACCUGGAGUUUGGGGGUGACGGCAAACUAGACCCGCUGUGUGAAGAGGCCAGGAUCGCUGUGCUAAAUGCCUUCUGAUCUCAUGGAGCAGACAGAAGAAAGCCAGCUCUGCCCUCCAGUCUACAAUGCCAGCAAAAGGGGCUUAUUGGGCAUGGACAGUGGGCUCUACCAGUUAGAACAUGGCAAUGGCACCCGUCCUCUGGUCUGUGCGGUUUGGGUUUCUCAUCUGGCUGCAUAGACACUCACAAAAAUAAUAAAAAAUCACCUCACUGGCA